AUGGCACAAAUGUACGGGAAGGAGAAAGACGCAGAGCAAACUGCAGACCACACAGACCCGGGAUUCAUCACUUUUUUCAACAGCCUCGCACCCAAAUCUCCCGAAACCGGGACGCUUCGCCUUUUCUAUCGAGCAUCGAACGAUUUUUGGGCUGCCUAUGGUCCCGACGCAACGUUUGUUGCUCAGCACGUAUUUCACACCAACUCUGUCGUUAAGUAUCUUGGUGCUGGAGCACGUCUGCUUCCAAGCGUUGCUUUGAAGACAUCGGUCGCACACUCACUUCUUCGAGAUGCCUUGACUUCGAAGCAGCUCCGCGUGGAGAUUUGGGUACCUGAAGCUGGUCAGGGCAAGAAAUGCCCCAAGUUUCGUUUGGACAAAGAGGCUUCUCCGGGUAACCUACAAGCGGUAGAAGACCUCCUCUUUAUGAACUCAGAUAUUAUAUCUUCCCCAAUUGUAAUGGCCAUUAAGCUGGCGACUGCUCCAAUGGAUUCCGCAAGGCUCAGGUCUGUUGGAGUUGCAUUUGCAGACACAACGGGGCGAGAAAUAGGCGUGUCAGAUUUCAUCGACAAUGACCUUUUUUCCAACCUUGAGUCUCUGGUGAUUCAGUUGUCCGUCAAGGAGGCUAUCAUCCCCACUGGCACAACCGCCGGAACCACGGACCGCGACGUAGACCUCAAGAAGCUGAAGGCAGUUCUUGAUCGAUGCGGUGUGGUUGCUACAGAAAGGAAACCCAGCGAGUUCACAGUGAAAAACCUGUCGUCUGACCUACCCCGGCUUCUCAAAACCACCGAUUCUCAGUCAAGCACUGCUGAUGCUGCUGAUACCAUUCCACAACUCUCCCUCCCGACAGCACCAUCUGCUCUCUCUGCGCUGAUUCUCUACCUUUCUCUGCUCAGCGACCCUAGCAAUCAUGGGAGCUACUCUCUCCGAACCCACGACUUAUCGCAAUAUAUGCGUCUCGACGCCAGCGCACUACGAGCCUUGAACUUGGUCGAGGGUCCGGGGAAGACCGGUGGCCGUGAUACGACCCUCUUUGGUAUCUUGAACAAAUGCAAGACGGCUCAAGGCUCUCGACUGCUAGGGACUUGGCUCAAGCAGCCCCUGGUUAAUCUGCACGAAAUUCAUAAGCGCCAGAACCUUGUAGAGAUUUUCGUAGAUGAUACAAACAGUCGCAGAACUCUCCAGGAUGAAUACCUAAAAGCUAUGCCAGAUCUCAACCGUAUCUACAAAAGGUUCCAGAAAGGUGUCGCCUCUUUGGAAGAUGUCGUUCGUGUAUAUCAAGUUGUCCUAAAGUUGCCUGGAAUGGUCGAAGCUCUUGAGAGUGUGCAAUGUGAGGAAGAGGGCAACUCAGGCUUGGUCGAGGAAGAAUCAGCCACAAGUCUGGAAAAGUAUGGCGAGAUGGUGGAACAGACACUCGACUUGAGCGAGCUCGACAACCAUAACUAUGUCAUCAAGCCGGAUUAUGACCCCAGGCUGCAGGAACUGGCGGAAAAGCUCUCUCAAGUGCGCGACGGCCUCGACGCAGAGCACCACAAGGCUGGUGGAGACCUGGACAUGGAGUUGGACAAGAAGCUCCAUCUCGAAAACAACCAGGUCUAUGGAUACUGUUUCCGCCUUACUAAAAAUGAUGCGAAGAAGCUGUCGAAAAAGUAUAUCGAGCUUGGCACCACGAAGAGCGGAGUAUAUUUCACGACCUCAAAGCUGAAGCAACACGCAGAGGAUUUCAAGGAGGCGUCGGCUGCCUAUUCUCGCACGCAAAGCGGCCUUGUCAAAGAAGUCGUUGAGAUCGCAGCAACCUAUGGACCUGUCUUCGAGACGCUAAAUGGCCUUCUGGCAAAUCUUGAUGUCAUUCUGAGUUUUGCGCAUGUUUCAGUCAACGCACCGAUUUCUUAUAUCAAGCCAAAAAUAGUGCAGAAAGGCAUGCUAGAAAUCAGAUAUCCUAAAUUUACUUCACUUACGAGCUCUUAA